UUAUCAUAACACUGUAAUAUUUCUUUAUUAUAUUGUAAUUUAAUUCUGUUUUAAUAUGAGUGUAAAAUUAAAAAACUAUCGACUAGAUAUUAUAGUUUAUACAAUUUUUUAAAAAUUAUUUUCUUAAUUUGUGUAGUUAUAAAAUAUAGGUGUAAUAUUGUCACUAUUGAGAUUGCGUGUGUUAAGUAAAAUGGAUCCAGCAGAACUCCAGCGUAGGCUAGCUACAUUAAAGCAGUUUAAAGAUAAUUUGGCUGACCGUUAUAAAAUCAUGCAAAAUAUUAUGGAUACCAUAGGAUGGUCAUGGAAGGAUACACCGACAACUGCUGAUUCAAUGGUGGAAUGUCCAAUAAAUAGUGAACAUAAAAUACCAUCAUUAAAGAUUGACUCUCAUUUGGAAUUAUGCAAAUUUAAACAACAAGGUUAUAACAAAACAGAUUUACUGUACCCUGAGCUUGGCUGUUCAGUACCAGACACUCAAACUAUUAAAAUGGAUGAAUCAACUCAAAUGGAAAUUAUUAAUAAGUCUCAGAUUGAGUCCAAUUUUACAUUGGAUGUAAAAUCAGAGUUUAGGGGUAUAUCUCAAAGUAUAGAGCGCUAUGUUUGUGAUUUCACACCGGACGAGCGUAGAGUAUUGUAUGAUUAUGCAGUGCAGAAUACAAAGGGCCCAAAUUGUAAUAUUGCAGAUAAUGUCUUACAUAACAGUGAUACAUUUAAUAAGACGGACAAUGAAAAGACAAAAACAGAGCUUGAGUUGUUGCAAGAACAAAGAGAUGCCAAACGUAGAAGAGUAGCUUAUCGAGGAAAACGGGUUCACACUGAUCGCAAAUCAUACUUAGAAGUUUUAAAAGAAGUCAUCGACGGACAAAUCAAUAGUAUGACAUGUCACGAGGAUCAGCAGACAAACUGUGGGAACUGGCAAGAGACUAACGUAGAACCAACCAACAGCGAUCGAGUACAUUAUAAAUAUGAAGGAAGUAAAUUCUUUUCUGGAAAUCCGUACACUCGUUGGAUUACUAUCGAAAAAGAAGAAUCAAAAUUGUUUGAUUAUUUAAAAAAUAAAAGUAACGAUUCCUUUACCCCUGCUAGUUCUAGUGAAAAAAAUUCAAAAGAAAUAUCAACUAGUCAAACUAUAUUACAUAGAAGGUCAAUCAGUAGUUCAAUUUCAAAUCAACACAAAAAAGAAGAUUCCAGGUAUAAGUUUUAUUCGGAAUGGUCUGAUUCAAAAAAAAAAGAUAAUCAAUCUAUGAGUCAUAAUGAAUCAUUGGAAUUGGCGUUACCUUGCAAUAAAAAUUGCAAUGCAUAUUCAGAAUCUAUUCAUACAAAACAUAAACAUAAUAAAAAGACAAAACGUUCCAGGAGUCAUAAAGUUACUCAUAGUUCAAGAUCUCGUGAGCCUAGCUCUCAUGGGUCUAGAUCUCGUAGAUCUAGUUCAAAAUCGCAUAGGUCUAGAUCCCGGUCUAAUCACUACGAAACUAAAAAUAAAGAUACAAAAUCAAGUAAAAAAAAACAAAAAAAAGAAAUCCAAGCAUUCUGAAAGUCAUAAAAGAUCGAAACGCUCAUAGACUUUAUGUUACAUUGUUUUAUAUUAUUCUUGUUUAACAUAUUAAAACUGAGCAGAAGUUGA